AUGGGUCAAAUUGUUUUCUACGAGGACAAAAACUUUCAGGGCCGCUCCUAUGAGUGCAACUCUGAUUCCUCUGACUUGUCUACAUACAUCAGUCGGUGUAACUCUAUUCGAGUUGAGAAUGGAAACUGGAUUCUGUAUGAACAUCCCAACUACAGAGGACACCAGUACUUCCUGAGGAGGGGAGAAUAUCCUGACUUCCAGCAAUGGCUGGGUUACAAUGACUUUAUUAGAUCCUGCCGCUUGACCCCACAGCACCGUGGACCAUUCAGGCUUAGAUUGUAUGAAAAGGAAGAAUUUAAAGGACAGAUGAUGGAGUUCACUGAAGACUGUCCUCAUGUCUUUGAGCAGUUCCGCUAUAAUGACAUCCACUCCUGCCAUGUGCAAGAUGGAUAUUGGAUCUUUUAUGAGGAGCCUAACUACAGAGGACAUCAGUAUUACCUGAGACCUGGAGAGUACAGAAGAUAUAGCGACUGGGGGGCAUCCAGCUCAAGAAUUGGUUCCUUCAGACGAGUCCAAUACCUUUAUUAA